AGCUCGCUGACGUCACAGUCCCGCGCCUGCGCACCAGUGCGCGAGGAGGGCCGUGUCCCCUGCGGUUUGCGCGCGGUCCCCCAGCGCCAGGCCGGCCGCCCCCCAUGGGCAUCCCCGGGCUGACGCGCUACGUGGAGGAGCACGGCGAGUUCUUCACGGCGCUGCGCCUGCACGACGCGCACCUUGUCAUCGACGGCAGCAGCCUGUACCACCGCCUGUGGCUGGAGGGCGGCCUGGACGCGGCGCGCGGCGGCGAUUACGAGGCGCUGGCGGGGGCGGUGCGCGGCUUCUUCGCGGCUCUGCGCGCCUGCCGCCUGCGCGCGCACGUGGUGCUGGACGGCGGCCGCGAGCCGGGCGAGGCCAAGCUGGCCACGCGGCGGCAGCGCGCCCGCCAGCGCCUGGAGGCGGCCGCGGCGCUUGGCCGGGGGGCGCGGGGCGCGGCACUGCCGCUGCUGGCCCGCGACGCCUUCCGCCAGGUGCUGGCGGGCGCGGGGGUACCCUUCGUGCAGUGCCUGGGCGAGGCGGACCGCGACGCGGCGGCACUGGCCCGGCGCUGGGGCUGCCCACUACUCGGCUCCGACAGUGACUUCUACACCUUCCGCCUGCCCGCCGGCUACUGCCCCCUCGGCCACUUCCAGUGGAGGGACAUAGCCGGAGACAGCCCGGAGCGCUACAUCCCCGCCCGCUGCUUCUCGGCAGACAAGCUGUGCACCCACUUCGGCCGCCUCGACCAGGCCCUGCUGCCCCUCUUCGCCCUGUUGAGCGGCAAUGACCACGGCCGCCUGCCGGCCCUCGACACCUUCCUCUGCAAAGCGCGCCUGCCCACGCGAAGCUGCUGCCGCCGCCGGGGGGCAAGGAAACACAGGCAAAUCUGUGGGCUCCUGAGCUGGCUGGCAGGCUUCGCCAACCCUGCUGCGGCAGUCGACAGCGUGGUGCACCAUCUCCCAGAGCACAAGAGGGAGCAAGUGAGAGAGCUGCUACAUACCUCCCUGGACCAGUAUGAACAGGCCGACGGGAACCUCGAGGACUACUUUGAGAGCAGAAGCUAUGAGUCACGGGUGGGCUGGGAGCUGGAAUUGCCCCGCUGGAUGCUUGGGGCCCUGGCAAGAGGCGACCUGUCUCCCUUCAUGACAGACGCUCUGAUCCUCAGACAAACGUUCCUCCACGUUCAGGUGGAGAAUAUGCAAAGACCGAGCGCUCAUGCCGUGGCGCUGCCCAUCCGGCAGGUGAUCUACGGGUUGCUUCUGAAUGCUGGUCAGGACUCAGAAACCUGCGGAGAAGCGAAGCUGCCUGCACAGCUGCCAGUUGUUCAGGAAUUUGACAGAUUCCAGAAAACCCUUAAGAAAACAUUUGUUCAGAUUGCAGUGCUGCCUGUGUCGUUUUGCAGUGACCAUCUCCCUUUGGACAAGUUAACUGAGGUCCCCAUGUCAGAUCGCCUGAAGCUUCUGUUGGAAACCCUUGGAGUGAAAUUUAGCAUCCUAGAGCCUAUCCCCAGCCACUUGCAGCUCCCUCUUGCUGUAACCUGCUAUUGGACACGUUAUUCAGAACCUAUAGUGAAACUGCAUCAUUUGAAAGCAUUACUUCUGGGAAUUGUAUUUGGAGAACUGCAGAGGACAACAAGUAGCCCUGGUCCUGAGGUUUUCCAUGUUCAAGACAACAAGGUAGCAUAUGACCAUUUUCUGAAAUGGAAGGAAAAGAAACUGCAGAAUACAGACCUGGAUUUAGAUACAGCCCACACAUUUUGUCAGUGGCAGUGCUGUCUCCAGAUGGCAUUGUAUCUCAACCAGCUACUCUCAUCUCCUCUCCCUGAGCCGGACCUAACUAGGCUUUAUAGUGGAACCGUUGUGCAUAGACUGUGUCAUGAGCUUAAGUCAUCGCCCUCAGCAGAAAGUCUACUUAGCCUGUCUCCAAAGAUAGACAAGCUUUAUUUUGAUCUGUUACAUACUGUUAAAUCAGCUGUACCUUCAGACUUCUUUCAGAAGAAGAAGUCUAAAUCCUGCAAGGAAAAGAAGAAAGCAACUAAUCAGGAAGAGACUACCAGUGAGUGUGUAACAAUGGAAAUUCAGCCUUUACAUGAUCUCAAUAGAUUUGUAUUACUUGAAGUGGAAGACUAAUGAUGACACAUGCAAGGAAUAAUCUUAAUGCUGCACGAGUGGGCAACAGUUAUGCUGAAGUGCAUGGAUUGUAUUGGAAUUUGACUGGCCUGUUCACAAAAUUUGAUCCAAACUGGAUUUUUUUUUUUUAGAAUUAAUCCUGUUGCAGGGAUUUUUGUGCAGUAAACAUUACAUAUUCUUACAACUUUCUUAAUUGUAGAUAUUAAGGUAUUGGAGCUUUCUAAAAGUAAUCAACAGGUAUCCAAACUCCUCAAGAAUAGAGGAAUAAAACCUGUUUGGAGCUUCAAAGCCAGGCUCUUUAAGAUUACGUUCUUCCCUUAUCUCCAAUUCCCUCCCAGGGGGAAAAAAAAUCUUUUACAACACACUGGAAACCCAUUUUAAGCUCACUUUGAAGGUACAUAUUUAAAUAAUUUUAACUUGUCAGAGGAUGCUGACUUAAAUUACAUUGUAAUGAAAAACAAGUAAUGCUGCUUUGUAUUUGCCAACUGAGGUUAACUUCCGUUGACUUGUAGCAGAAGUCGGGCCAUUUGCACCUUGCAUGUGAUAUUCCAACUGCUACCUUGUCAUGGGAGCACAGAGAGGAACCUAUGCCUUUUCUCUCCUUGUGUUUUGCUUAAGAAAAAAGAAAUACGGAAUUUUAUUACUACUGAAAGCUACCACAAAAUGGCCUUUUCCUCCCUUCUCCCCUGAAAAGUAUUUGUUACCACCUAAGAGAUUGGCAAGCAAAGUUUCCCUCCUUGAAGGCUCUAAAAAGAAGAAUGUUAAAUAUUUGAACUAUAAUUGUUUUAGCACUUGGCAUUCAAUAGAGAAUGUUUGGUGCACCUCACGUGAAACUACAUUAUCUAGAUAACAGCUCUUAGCAUUUCAGUAGGUAGUUACCCAUUAUACUUCUCAGUUGAGAUUGUCAGUUCCAUGCACAUAAAUGUAAGAACAAAUCAUAUUUUUAAUAUGUCCUUUGCAAUAAAAGCUAGUAUUAAUUAUAUGUCUCUUUUCCUCAGGAUUAAGAGGUUCUUCAGUUAUUAACUGCAUCUGUCAUUAGGGCUUUAUCCAGUACUCGCCAGAUCUCAAGCACCUCUGAUUUCUGCUCCAUCUUUGUCUGUUCCCGUGCUUUCACUCCCAUUUCCUAGACUGUUUUUCAUAGUGAAGUUUCUAGAAAAAGUUUUUCAGGAAACAUUUAUUUUCUAGAUAAAAAUUCUCAGCCUAAAGUGGUUCUCUCACAGAGAUCUGAGGUUGAUCAGGCUAAAAUAAAGUAAGUCACAGGACAUCAAUAAGUUAUUGAUGCAUUAGUUGUAUUGCAUUUUCCUCCUGAUGGAUGAUUAUCCACUAUUGCUCUUAUGAGUUCACUGGCCUAAGUAUAUGGAUAGAUUGUUUGAAAGUUAUCCAGGAAAUAGAUUUUUACAUGCUUUUAAGCAGCCUGAUCUUCAAGAGUAACAAUUUCUAUAAAGCAAUAGCUAUAAGACAUAGUAAUGUUAUAUGUAAGCCAUCAAUAUUUUUACACUUGGUAAAUAUUUACCAGAUGGGCUCAAGAAGUUUAAGUUCUGUCAACAAAAUCCCAUUCAUUGGAAACAUGAAAAAAUGAGGUUCAGAGAGAACUGUUUUGUAAAUCUGUACCAGUCUUUUGUCAAACAUUUUACUCCAAGGAUGUUACUAAAACCCAAAAGCCACCUUUCUUUUCUGAAAACAAAAACACGUUAAGGAGCCCAUGUGAUAAAGAACUGUGCAUAGAACUGGGAGACAGGUAUCCCUUGAGCCAGAUGGGCUUAGCAAUUAAUGUUUUGCACACAAAAUUCAGUUGUUAAAUCUUGUAGGUUGCAGAUAUGGAUUUCAGAUGCCCACAUUCCUGAAAAAUAAACAUUGCGUUAAGCUGUUUGAAAAGAAAAAAAGUGAAACACGUAGUACAGUUUAGAUUUAUGAAAGGACUACUUGUUGCAAGACAGAAAGUUUGCAAAAAAGUUUCUUCCUGUACCUAAGGCCUACCUUGUUUUUUAGUAACUUACUAGCAGAUGGCAUCCAAGUGCAAUCUUAGAGAAAGUUAACCAUUCUAUGCUAUUUUGAAUGCUAUUUCUUUUCUUAACAAUAGCAAACCACUCAGCAACAAAGCUGCAAAAUUCACACCUUAAUUUAAGUUAAUGAGUUCAAAAUGCUCACUCAGGCACAGAUCUUAUUGAGUCCAGUCUUUUUGACUAUGUAAAAACUGAUUUGGCCCUAGGAGGUGUAGGGCCAAGUUGAUUCUAGGUAGUUUAUGAUGAUAAUCUCAAUGCACUGUUCUAAAAAACAGCCAGAGCUUCACACACACGUGACUCAGCUAUUUGGGUUUGGAGAAAGAGAGAGAAAUGUCUCUUAAAUAAACCACUGAAAUAAAGUUAGGGUGUACAUUUUAUAAAGCUGAUGAAGAAUUUUGAAUGGAACUAAUCUGGUGUACUGUUUAAAUUUGCAUUUUAAAAAUGUUUCAACCAAAUUGAUAACUUAUAGGUGUUUUGCAUAUCCAAAGUAGACACUAUCCUAUAAAGCUGAAGUAAGUCCCAAACAAUUCAAUUAUUUGUUUAUAAAAAUGAAAAGAAACCCCAAGAAAACCAAAUAUUCAUGCUCAUUGAAGGUUUGAGAAAAGGAAAAAGGCUACUUGUGCAUCUUAAAAAGUUACUUACAAAGGUAUUUUGGCUUUAGCAAGGUUUAGGGCAUCUGAUAAGAUUCUUGUGUGACUAAGGUUUGUCAGGUAGGCAAAGUUUAUAUUCAGAUACAUGUUUAUAUUUUUAUAUUAAGAAGUUUCUGUAAGCAGAAUCACUUUCCAAACAAAUCUUUACUAAUGAAUUGUCGGGAUUAUGAUACAUAUUUCACAAAAUAUGUAACUGGAAUUUGUUUAAACCAAUGAUGCCCAACCUUUUCACCCCAUGGGCCAGAUGGGCAAUGCCAGGUCCUUCCUCAGGCCAGAUUUGGCUGGUGGCCCUGAUCCAGCACGCGGGGUGGGCAGGGCCAGAACCUCAAUCUAGCUGCAUGGCAAUGGUCUGAUCUGGCCCUAGUUCAUCCAUAUGGGGCUUGGAAUUUUGGCAGCGGGGUACGAGUGGUGGUGUUAAUUGCUACCGCUCCCCCCGCAUUAUAGUUCCUGAUCCUUGGGCAGUGUAGUGGGCCAACAGUGACCCAUAUGCCAGGGACUCAGCACCCUUGGUUUAAACAGUUUAUAGUAACUCAAUCUCUUUGCAAUGUAUUGUCCAUAUUUUUCUGCUUAUAAUAGUGGCAUCAAUCUCAGGAUCUAGGGGUCAGAGCCAUUUAGCCAGUUUUAUCCUAUGGUUCACUCAGGUUGAAAUUCAGAGAGAUCCUGAACCAGCCAGAUGUCCUAACAUUUGAAAAAGAUUACUAAUAUGACCAGAAGGCAUUCUGUGAGCACUAUACGACUCCUGACAGGACAAAGGAAAGAACUCAAUAUUGGAAAGUGUUGCAUUUCCCAUUUCAAAAUGCAACUACCUCCUGUAAAGCCAGGUGAACUGAAUGUUGUGUACCUUCGUUAAAAAAAAAAUAUUGAAGCUUAAUCACUAUUCAGAAUAUCAAUAAAAUGAAUAUAUUUAUUACAUCAUCUUAAGAUCCAGAAGAGCUCUCCAACCAUCUUUUGAGUAAUUAGGGGGAGAAAGGGAGGGAACUUGACCUGAAUUGAAGAGGAUUCACCUUUUGCUUCAGAUGAUCUCAAACUGGUAAGUGUGAAAAGGGAAAACCUCUCCCUUCUCUCCACAGGUGGUCCUAAAUGGUUGUUCUAGGUGCUCAUUUUUGAGCAACAGGGUGGUAACUUUAAGUGCUUCAAUUUAGGUUCCUGUAGUUAAAGAAUUUGGUCUCAAUUCAGGCUACUUUCCAGUUUUGAAUAAGCAAUGUAUUUCCUUUAGUCUGGCCUCACGCCUCCCCUCCAACCAGAGGUAUUUGUUUUUUUCCUGCUUUUAAGAUAUAUAGGCAAUGGCUAGUUAUUGGUUGUUCUUCUAGUGUGCAUCUAAGUUUUCACACAUGCAGUUGUAGUCUCUGGUUACUUUUUCAAAUACACACAAUAUAUUAAAGAUACUUUGACUUCUA